AUGUCAUUCGCCUCCUUGACAAAGGAGGAGAAGACUGUGUUGCGCCCCCACAUGGCGUUCAGUUGGCUGGAUACUGCCAGUCACAAAUUUGUGACUACUAUCAUAACGAAUGGCCAUCGCGUGGAAUGGAAACUUCCAAGGGAUGCAUCACCAGCGCAGAAGAGAGACUAUAUCCUCAGAGAAGUCGAAUGCGUCGCAGCAAUGUUCAGGCCAUUUUCGCUCGAUCACAGUGAGGAAUGUAUCAUUCUAAACCACAUAUUGUUCGAUUUGACAUCUGGACUACCUGAAACAGAAGAUUGGAAGCAUCAGAAGCAGUUUUAUAUGCACGAUUGGCUGAGCUUAAUCGAUGUGGCAAGGGGAGAGACUCACGUUCCAGUAGAGACUAUGGAACAACUGCACAAGUACAAGAACGGGCUUCUAAAGCAGGGAAAAUCCAAACAUGCAGCAGCAGCAGAAGCACUUAUACGGGACUUUGAAGAGCGUGCACUGCGGAACAAUUAG